AUGCGGCACGGCGCAGUCGCCCUCUCCAGCCUCGCAGCCGCCGGCGUGGCGGCAGCCCCGCUCGCGAUCGACCUCAUCUCGACCCUCGCCAACCUCACCUGCGGCGACUGGGCGGGACCGACCGCGACCUGCGCCAACGUUGGCAGCUCGGGCUCGGCUGCCGCCGACUACCCGACUUGCGCCGACGCCGUGCGCGACCCUGCAGCGUUCGUCGAGGCGUACUUCGAGAUCAACUACCUCAAGGUGUACUCGGUCUGA